GUCACCUCGGACUACACCGGUGCUAUGCUUUGUUCCGUGCAUCAUGCACCUCGGUAUGUGGCACCUCAUCCAUCCUUGCGUCUAGGGCUUGUUCAGUCGCAAGACGUCGCAGCGCGUGCAGCAGCCGAAGCUUCGGAGGCUGGCAAAGCGAAGCCAAAGCCUCCGUCCUACACCGCCAGAGUGGCUGCGGAGAAGUUCGCGUCUGUCCAAAUUCGCGCAUCUGUGCCAGAUGCUGCUGCGAAGGCAAGCGGCGCACACGGGGGCGGGUGUGCCAGCAGGCCCGAUAGCGAAAGGAACAGCGGCAUGAAUUUACUGCGGCAAAAGCGAUUGAAGGCCAAGGUCGCAGCAGUUCUCUUGGGUCGAUGCCCUCAGCAUGCUGGGACAUGUUCCAGCUUGGCUCGGGAAACAAUUCCUCGCGCCAAGGUGAUUCACCACUCCUCGGAUGUGAACGGCCAGACAAAGCGCGAGCAGCCGUCAUGGGUGGGACUGCUCGAUGAAGCAGGAGGAGAUUUCUACCGCUUCAACUGUUUCGAUCUGGAGGCGACUGCGGAUCCGCGACUGAUGCAGCAAAGCCCGGAUGGCCGCCUGGACCAUGUAGUCGACAAGAAGAAGGCUAUGGCGAAAGCAGCUCUUCGCCGACGCGGGAGCACAGUCACUUUGCAGGUGGUCAUGGAGCUCCAGACCAGAAUCUGUUGGGUAUCCGUGUUCAUCAAUGACACGAUCAUUGAUGCCCGAAUUCUUCGUCUGCAACAUCGACGUAAACUUCGAUGUGCGGUCUUCGUGGGAUCGCCUGGUCAGCACUUUUCCUCUUUGCCGGCCCUUUUCACGCAAUGCUCGUACGGUCAGCUCCAGUACCAACUGCCGGGGAAGCCGCAGGACCGCUUCUCAAAGUUCAACUUCCCGAUGCUCGUGUGGCCAAGCUUCGAGUACGCUGCAGCGGUGGCAAGUCGGAGAAGUGCAGCAAAGGUCUAUGCCUGCUAUGCAGCGAUGGCUGAGUCAGAAGCCAUUCCUUUCGAGCAUCCUGCAAACGAUCGAGCUCGUCGGCGAGUUCUGGGAAGACUUGCGCAGCCCUGGCUUUGA